AUGCCUUCGGCAACGGGUGCCAACUGGGAAAAGUACAAGAAGAACUUCGAUGAUGAAGAGAUAGAAGAGAAGAAGAUCACGCCUCUCACCGAUGAGGACAUCCAAAAGCUCGAGCAACAAAUAAAGGAGAAGCAGGCCAGCGUGGACGAGAAGAUUGGAGUCAAGGAAUCAGAUACCGGGCUUGCGCCGCCCCAUCUUUGGGAUGUGGCCGCCGAUCGCCAGCGAAUGUCAGAAGAACAGCCACUCCAAGUGGCGCGGUGUACCAAAAUCAUUGCCGACGAUAAGGGCGACGAGUCGAAGAGCAAGUACGUUAUCAACGUGAAACAAAUUGCCAAGUUUGUCGUGCAGCUCGGAGAGAGGGUGUCCCCUACCGACAUCGAAGAGGGCAUGCGUGUCGGCGUUGAUCGCAACAAGUAUCAAAUCAUGCUACCUCUGCCGCCCAAGAUCGACUCGAGCGUGACGAUGAUGACGGUUGAAGAGAAGCCCGAUGUCACAUAUGGCGAUGUCGGAGGAUGCAAGGAGCAAGUUGAGAAACUUCGCGAGGUUGUCGAAAUGCCUCUGCUGUCCCCCGAGCGCUUCGUCAGCCUUGGUAUCGACCCUCCCAAGGGUGCCCUACUGUACGGCCCUCCUGGUACCGGCAAGACCCUCUGCGCCCGAGCCGUUGCCAACAGAACAGAUGCCACAUUCAUUCGAGUCAUCGGCAGUGAGCUUGUCCAAAAAUACGUUGGUGAGGGUGCACGCAUGGUUCGCGAGCUCUUCGAGAUGGCCAGGACCAAGAAAGCGUGCAUCAUCUUCUUUGACGAGAUUGAUGCCAUCGGCGGAGCCCGAUUUGACGAUGGCGCCGGUGGUGACAAUGAAGUGCAGAGGACCAUGUUGGAGCUCAUCACGCAACUGGACGGUUUCGACGCUCGAGGAAACAUCAAGGUCAUGUUCGCCACCAACCGACCCUCCACCCUCGAUCCCGCCCUCAUGCGACCGGGACGUAUCGACCGAAAGAUUGAGUUCUCCCUCCCCGACCUCGAGGGCCGCGCCAAUAUUCUCCGCAUUCACGCCAAGAGUAUGUCGGUGGAGCGUGACAUUCGUUGGGAGCUCAUCUCGCGCCUCUGUCCCAACGCUACGGGUGCCGAAUUGAGGAGCGUAUGCACCGAAGCGGGCAUGUUCGCGAUCCGAGCUAGGCGGAAGGUUGCCACGGAGAAGGACUUCCUCAGCGCCGUAGAGAAGGUGAUCAAGGGAACCUGA